CCUAAGACCUGUGCAGCACGAACAAUGAAUUUACGAGUGUACUCAAUACAUUGUUUCACUAUUUUAUAUUUCACAGUAAAAAAUGUGCAGUCUGCUGUCAAAAUUAUCGAACCAGAAAUGUACAUUAACAAAAUAGCAAAACGAUUUGUAGAAAUCUUUGAGACACGCUCCACAACGGGAGCCGAUUUGCCAGUCGAAAAUUAUACGGCUCCAAUUAACAUCUCAGCAUCGGGAAUGCAACUGACCGGCCAUGUAUCAUUUCAUUCUGCUUUUGUUGCACGAAUCGGCUCAAUCGAACUAAACAUGCAACGAUUCCAACAAGUCUUGCUGGAUGACGAAGCUCAGAUCAAUGCUAAUAUGCUUUGGAAAAACGUAGAUGUAGCGCUAGAUUUCUCCCCUGAUUUGGAGGACUAUCAGGCACCGGGAACGCUGUUGGUGACUUUUGGUCAGUUUGAGUUCCCUCUCAAGACCCAGAAGCUGUUUGCUACAGGAGAAGUCACGGGGAGCUGUGAAUUCGGUUCCAUCAGUAGUCAAAAUGAUAUUGUUAUUGUUGGACAUCCGAAUAAUGCUCAUGUGCAAAUGAUUGCCAUGGCGAUUAUUAAGGACUUUAAUUUCCGGGAUCCAAUGCUUCAAUCAUUCAGACGAUGGAAUUUUCAGAACGUGUUGAAUGUUGCGUUAACAGAAAUUCAAUUUCCUGAAGUUUGUUAUAAUUGUUAACAAUAUGAAGAAAUAUACAGUUUAUUCAAAUGUUUUGUCAUAAAAUACAACAA